GCGCCUCCUGCUGCCCGCCGUCGCCAAGCUGCGCGCGCCCGCCCUCACCGCGCUGCUCUUCGCCCACGGCGCCCUCUUUGUCGACCUCGGCACAAACUACCAGAACUGGCUCUCUUUUCUGCCAUACUUCUUGGCAGGCCACUUGCUGCCUCCGUCGUGCUGGUCGACCGCAGCCCGACCGUCGCUGCGGCUCGGCUGCGCCUCCUUCCUCGUCGCCGCCUCCGCCGGCACGGUCGCCCUCGCCCGCCGCGGCGAGCGCGGCUUCGGCGGAGUCACCUUUGCCGACGCCUUCGCCGGCGUGAGCGAGACGUACGACUGCUUCAACGGCUUCGCGCCCGACGCGGCGAGGCGGCGCGGAGGCUGCGCCACGCUGCGCGCCGCCGGACAGCGCGCAGCCUUCUACGCCGCCUCCGCCCCGCUGAUGGCGGGAUUCUUCUCCGUGCUGCCCCGCGCCGCCGGGUGGUGGUCGCACCCGGGCCACAUGUCAAUGUUCAUCUACCUGCUCCACCCGCUGCUCAUCACCAACCCGUACGUCAUGCGCGCCGUCUUCGAGCGGCUCUCCGCCCUCAGCGGGCGCGAGGUCAACGUCUGGUCCCCUGCCGACGACGGCGCGGUGGUGAGCGCCGUCCUCCCCGCGUCGCUCGCCGUCUGCGCGCUGCUGUCGACGCCGCCAGUGCGCCGGCUGUUGUGGCCGCUCACACAGCCCCCUUUGAGGUGGAUGCUGCGGAGGGGGGCCGUGCCCGCGUCUCGCCGGGGCCCCGCCGCGAGGGGGGAGGGCGGCUCGAGCUAGCACGCGCCGGCUCGUGCGCGGGGCAUGUACCGUACGAAGUACACAGUCAGAGAGAGAGAGAGAGAGGUAAAAGAGCACCGGCUCGCGU